AUGCCAUCGAGCAAAGCAAGAACGUACGCGGCCCCGCGCCUGCCGCUGAGCCAAGCCACCACAACAAAUCUGGGCCCGCCCGUACCCAGAAGGCCGCAGCCAACGCAAAGGACGGGCCCGCCGCCUGUUCUACGGCAGCCGCCGCGGCCGCCCCAGCGCACAGCGGCGCGGUCCGACGACCUCGCGCGGCGCGAGGCGGCCAUGGCGCAACGAGCCGCGGACGUAGCAAGGCGAGAAGCGGCUCUGGCCGCGUCCGAAGGCCCCGCGGCGGACCUCGCGGCGCGCUUACGAGCGGCCGACGAGCGCAUCUUCGAGCAGCGCGCGGAAAUGGCCACCAUCGAAUUGGACGCGCGCUACCAGGUCGAACGCGCCCGCGAGGCCGCGGCGUCGGAGGGCCGCUUCGCCCGCGACCGCUUGGAAAGGGAAGCUAGAGAUUUGAGGAGGCGCGUCGCGCGGCUCGAGUCGCAACGGGCCGCGGCGAACCGCGCGGCAGCCUCGCCGACGCCGGACAACACGCCCAUGGAAGACGUUUCUACAUCAGAACCGCGGAAUUCCACCGCGGACGACGCGCUGCGCGUCGUCUUCGGCGAGCGCCGCGACGAGGUCGCGAGUCUGUGCGUCGCGUCGCCGGCGUUGCGCGCGGCCUGCGCGGGCCUCGCGGGGUCCGGCGACCGCGGCGCGGCCGUCGAGGCGGCGCUCGCCGCGCUCGGCGCCGUCGCGGCGAAGGCGGCGUCGCGGCAGAGUUCCGAGGACGCUGUGGAGAGGGCCCGGGCGGCGUUAGGUGUCGCCGCGGACCUCUGCGCGGCCUGCGGCGGCGGCGCGGCGGCCGCGGCCGCCGCCGCGCCGGCGCGCGCGGGCAGCGGCCGCUGCGUCGCGAUAGCGUUAGAUAUUGCUUCCAAAGCGGAGCACCCGCUGCGGACAACGGCGGCGGCGACGGCGGCGACCGCGGCGGCCUGUGCAUUACCGCCGGCCGACGCGCAGACCGCCGCGUGGUGGCGCGCGCGCGCCGCCGAGGCGUUGAAUGCCGCAUCACCAAACGACGGCGCCGCCGACGCGCUGGAUCUGGCCGCGGCCGUGGCCCACAGCCAGGGUGACACGGAGAUCGAGGUCGACGUCUGGCCGGCCGUCGCGGCGCUCGCGGCGCGCUGCGCGGAGAAAAGCGAUGGCCCCGCGCUCGAGCGCGUCGCUGCGUUGUGCGGGAGCGCCGCGGGCCGCGACGUCCGGCGCGGCGCGGCGCGGCUCUCGUAUCAAAGCGACGGCCGCGCGGUCGCGGCGAUCCUCGCGCGCGCCGCAAAUGAUGUUGAUGCGUCUUCUGUACUGGCGCGAGGCGUCGUGGCCGCGCUCGGCCACGUCGCCUUCUUCGCGCCGGACCUGGGUUUUGAUGUGGUCCUGGGCGCGCGGGGCGACGCCCUGGCCGCGCACGAGGUCGCGGCGCUCUGCGAGCGGGCCGUCGCGCUCGGUGAAGGCGCGAGCGACGCGACCGCCGUCCUCGCGCGCGUGAAGAACCUGACGCGGCCCGCGCCGUCCCCCUCGCAAUCACAGUAG